AUGAACGAGUCUGACCUCAUGCUCUGGCUGGACAAUAUCGACAAGAGCAUGGGAUUCCGGCCAGCGAGUGCGCUCGGCAUGUCUUGCGGGACUGUGACUAUUGAUAUCGCCAGAGCCAAGGUCCUUGUGGUCUGGAAUAAGCGGCUCAAACUCUACCAGCUUCCCAAGGGCAGGAGGAACAUCGGCGAGAACAUGCUCGCUGCGGCACUCCGUGAAACGUACGAGGAGACGGGCCUUCAGGUCACGCCGCUCCGGCUAGACAUCGCAACGAGGGCGACACCACCCCGGACGGAGAAGUUCGGCAAGGCAAUGAGAAGCCCAGAUAUUACCGAGGGCCACCCGAGUAACGAGUUUGUCGGUGUAUGUUUAUAUCCGGACCCGCAGUCCGAAACCGAGGCGCUGAAGAUUGUCUUCUUCUUUGCGGCAACGGCUGAUUGCACGGCUACUCGGGACUCUGGAACUCAGGAGGAAUGGGAGAAGCUUGAUGCGAAAUGGAUACCAUUCUCGGACGUGUCCAGAAUACUGCGUUUCCAAGCCGAGAUUGACAUAGUCAUGAAGACCGUGCAGGACAUGAAGAGGUCGGGAUAUGUUGUUGGAGAUGGUUUCCUGUAG